AUGUGGGCUCACCACCUGGUGAUUCCGCUAAUAUUCCUCCAUGGCAUACAAUGCGAAGUGGAUCGAAGCCCUUCGAUGCUCGCCCACUACAUGAGUCUUUUAUCCAUUGGUGAAUCUUGGAUUGCCGCCACAUUUGAUAUCAACUCAAACGGAACUUUUUUUUAUGGAAAGAAUGCGGACCAUGUGCUGGAAGUUGGGUUCCGUAACAAAACGUUGUACAUGAUGUUGCCAAUCAGUAAAAGUCCGAUAAAAAACAAGAAUUGGGAAAAACGAUAUGUCAUUGAUUUUGACAGUGUUGGAAAAAUUGGGCCAUCUCUAGAGUUGAUCAUUACAUUCCAACACAACCACAUUCAUGUCUAUGACGGAUGCGACGAGAUUUUUGCCGGAUUUGAACCACAUCUAUUUUUGAGUCUUGUUCAAGCUAAAGUGCAAGUUGUUGAAAACUGGAUGGGACCACCGCCAAAACAUUUUCAAAUCGGCUCAGGAUGGCCUAUUGGUCAAAAGUGUAAACAAGAUGGUGUGAAGAAAAAAUAUGCGGAAUCGUAUUCAGAAGAGAUAGAAAAACACUUCCAACCUAGCACAUUCAAGGACUUAGAUGAAAUUUUCUUCGAACAAGUUGUGAUUGCACCAAAUGGAUUCAAUGGUUGCAAGAUUAAUAAUGCGCUUCUGAGUAUCAACGAAACCAAAACCCUAGACUGUAACAUUUGUACAUGCUUGGCUAGAGAUGAUGUGGUGUGUCGUGCAAUUGAGUGUCCAGCAGUGGCCUGCGCUCAUCCAAUGAUGAAGAAAGGUGGAUGUUGUCCAACUUGUGGUGAACAGUGUUUUUAUGAAAAUCAUAAAAUCGCCAACUCUCACGGAGAGGUGUUCUGGCCUGGAGAUUGUUAUCGGUGUCAAUGCUGGGAUACAAAAGUGCAAUGUUCCUCAGAAUACGCAACAUGUGAGCCACCAAGUUGUCCGGAAGAAGAUUGGGUUUACAAUGAGAAAUUCAAUUGUUGUCCCAAAUGUCGAGACUUUGCCCGUUUCUGUGAUACACAUCCUUGUCAUAAGUACGCGACGUGUACAGACUCAAAAAGAGGACCCAAAUGCUCGUGUAACACGGGGUUCCAAGGAAAUGGCACGUAUUGUGAAGACAUUGACGAGUGCGCUUUUUCUCAAGAUGCCAGGGAACAGCUCGGUGGCUGUCUGGCGGGAUCAGUGUGCAGAAAUGUCCCAGGAUCAUACAAAUGUGACUGUCUACCAGGCUACCAGAUGAUUGGAGAACACACAUGUCUACCGUUAAUCCGAGUGUAG